CCUUCCGUGGCUGCGCGUUCGCUAGCGGCCGGCGCGAGGGCUUAAGGGCGCCCGGAUUGGAUGGCUCAUGCGGCCGCCGCCAGGUCGCGCUGCGUCGUCGUCGCGGCGCUCGCCAUCGCCGUCGCCGUCUUCUUCCUGGCCUGCUUGCCGCCCGCCGCCUCCUCCUCGCCUUCCCGGGCAGUAGCGGCGCCAUUGCAACGGACCGAGAUGGCGGCCAUGUACACCGCGCAGGAGGUGCAGGAGAAGCCGGAUGUGAACAAGGGCGUGGAGGAGGACGUGAGCACGAUGGGGCUCGGCGCGGAGGAGGAGAGGGAGGUGCCCACCGGGCCGGACCCAAUCCACCACCACGGCCGGGGACCCAGGCGCCGGCAGUCGCCGUGAUCGCGCGCGCCGGUGAAGGAUCCAUCCUUCUUCCAUGGGUUGGUUCAUCGAGUGCGAGAGUGAGCCAUGAAGAACAAGAUUCGUAUGGGUGUCGCGUUCUUUUGUUGAUUCUGUGAUGAUGCACUUUGGAUUUCGAUUCUAUUGUUGUACUAGGGUAUCAGAGCUAGGUCCACUCUGUUUUGCAUACUAAUCCAACGAAAAUUGGGGGAUACAAUUCAUAAUAAGAGUUGUACAAUGAGUUGUUCUUCCCCUAAACAGAUUUGCUUGUUUUUGUUAGUAUUAUUCUUUACCUCCCCUAUGGUUUUGUUUUCUGGUCUUCCCCUAAACAAGUGCCUUGUUUGCAUGAUUGUUCAAUUGAAA